AUGGCCUCUGCUAUGCCAGAAAGCAGCGCCUAUGGUCGUGAGUACUCGCUAACGCGGGGCCUUAGUGGAAGCAACCUCUCACCAAGACAAGCCUCUCCAGGACAAGCCUCUCCAGGACAUCAGCGCACCAUCUCCUUCUCCGAAGAAAGUCACCCCAAUCGCUCUCAACAUUCGACAUCUAUAAGUGGUCCGUGCAAUCACGAAUCAGUUGCUGGCUCUGCGACGGGCGCAGCGCUGGUUGGUGGUCGAGACUACGACAGAGACCAGAACGAGCAAAGCAGUCCUUCUCCGCCAGAUCGCCCUUCCUCAAGUUCUUCUGCAUCAGAACCCUCCGAAGAAUUAAAGCAGCCAUGGUACCGCCAAAUCGCCGCCAGCUACCGCUCCAUUUCCCUCGAGAACAAAGGCUCCGUGGCUCGAGACCACCUAGCGCUCGAGCGCACCUUCCUCGCCUGGCUCAGAACGUCCCUAGCAUUCGCCAGCAUCGGCAUCGCCAUCACACAGCUCUUUCGCCUGAACACCAGUUUGGCGGCAGGUAGACAGCAGCGAAGAAGGGACCUAGACCAUCUCAUGCUGAGGCGCAAAGAAGCAUCUCUCCCUUUAAGUCCUUUGAUGGGCGCAAGCCUGACUCCGGAUAUCUACUCGCACAUCCAAACCGUCCUCCAAGAGCAAUCCUACCCCAUAUACAGUCCCUCCGAUAACAGCGCCUCCACCGUCCUCGACCAGCUCCUUCUGGAACCCACAGAGUUCGACUCCAACGCCGCCGCCCGCCUACGGCAUCUGGGUAAACCGCUUGGCGCAACAUUUCUGGGGAUCAGCAUCAUGAUCCUCUUCAUUGGAUUUCACAGAUAUUUUGAGAGCCAGCAUUGGAUUAUCAGGGGCCAGUUUCCAGCCAGCAGGGGCAGUGUGGCGCUUACGGGGUUCGUUGCCGUGGCGCUUAUUAUUGCAAGUUUGGUGGUUGUGCUGGUAGUGGCGCCGGCGUCUUAUAAUAAAUAA